AUGAAUUUGGAAUCAUUAGCAAAUGAAUUAUUAUUGGAUUUAUUCGAUUAUUUCAACAUUAUUGAAUUAUUUCGUUCAUUUUCUGGAUUGAACAUUCGAUUCAAUAAUCUUCUAUUCAAACAUUAUCGAUCACAUCAUAUCGAUUUGCGUUCGAUAACAAAACAGAAUUUCGAUGAAAUUUGUCGCAAAUAUUUACCAGAGAUGACUGAUCGAGUCAUUUCGUUGUAUUUAUCAGAUGAUGAUGAAACGCCUUAUCAAUUAACUUCGUUUCUUUCUUAUAAUUUGAAAAUUUCGGAUUUUCAUCGAUUAAAACGACUUUCUUUGAUUCACAUUCGAUCGAUAAACAUAAUGAACGAUCUUUUACGACAAUUGAAAUUUCUUCCUGAUCUGAAACAUCUCGAAAUCAUCGAUUGUAACUUUCGUUCGAGUUAUUUUCAUAUCAUUUGGCGUCAAUGUCAACUUACUCAUUUCAAAUUAGAAAAACUUUCUUCAAUCGAUUUUAUCAUCAAUAACAUUUCAUCUUCAAUACAAAAUUUAAUUCUUCACUCAAAUCUUAAUCAAUUUCAUUCAGUUGAUCGUUUAUUAACCUCUACACCNCAUCUUGAAACCUCAUCUUCUCGAAAUACAGAUAAAAGCUUUGCAUUCAAUCAGCCCAAAUUCUGUUCAAAGUCAGUUUGGAGUCAAAAUGGAAUGACUGUUGCAGAUCAAUUCACACUUGGUUCGAAACCAUCAGCCCUUUUUAUAGACAAAAAAAAUUUGAUCUACUCAAUUAACCGAGAGACAAUGAAAAUUUUAGUUUGGCAUCAAGGCAAUAUCGAACCAACAAAGACUAUUUUUACCGGUUUCUUCAACUCAUCUUCUCUAUUUGUCGCAUUGAAUGGAGAUAUUUAUAUCGAUAAUGGAGCGCGAAGCGCAGUGAAAGCUUGGAUUUUGAAUAAGAAAGUUUUUAUUGAUGCGAUGAGUGUCUUUUCAUCUUGUACCAGUUUAUUUAUUGAUUUGAACGACUAUUUAUAUUGUUCGAUGUCUAACCAUCACCAAAUUAUUAAAAAACGCUUGCACGAGCGUAUCAUGACAUGGACGAGUGCGGCCGGAACGGGCGUUAAAGGAUCUUCAUCUACAGAACUGGAUAAUCCUUAUGGAAUUUUUAUUGACUCAUCAUCGAAUUUAUACGUCACUGAUUGUGGAAAUGAUCGAAUUCAAAAAUUUCGACCAAACGUGGUAGGUGGUACCACAGAAGUAGGACGUGCAUUACCAGCACGAUUUCAAUAUUCACUCUCAUGUCCAACGGGAAUAACAUUGGAUGCUCAAGGAUUUUUAUUUGUUGUUGAUUCGAAAAAUCAUCGCGUUUUGAGAUCGGGAAUAAGUCAUAUGCGUUGUGUUCUCGGAUGUGAUGGAAUCAGUAUCAAAUCUACUCAAUUCUUAUUUCCAUCUACUCUUGCUUUCGAUAGUGAUGGAAAUAUGUUUGUGAUGGAUUCAGGAAAUCAUCGAAUUCGAAAAUUUCAAUAUUCGCCCAAUUCUUGUGAUAUGUCAUCAGUUAUUCGAUGGACAGAGUUAAUCAAAUUAUCGAAAGAUAGUCAAAUAUAUUCUCAAGAUUGUAAUAAAGAAAGUUAUUAUUUCGAAUCAUAUGAAAUCAAAGUAUCAGAAAAUCGUUAUUAUACGAUAUGGAGUGAGGCUUCAAUCGAUACAUACGGCUACAUUUAUGAGAAUGUUUUUGAUCCACUCAAUCCAACUGAAAAUCUUCUUGUCAAAAAUGAUGAUGGAGGAUUGAAUGACCAAUUCAGAUUUGAAAUUCCUCUUUAUGAUGAUACCCUAUACAUAUUGGUUAUCACAACGUUUGAUCAAAUGAGAAUUGGCGAGAUUACACUUCAUGUGUCAAAAUUAGAAAAUGAUACGAUCAAACGUCUCACUACUUCAGUCAAUAUUCGAUCGAUCUAUUCAUCCGAAUUGACUGUAAAUAGUCCAAAAUAUUGUCGUGAUUAUAAGAAACCAAAUUAUUAUUAUGAAACAUUAGAAAUCAAUGUGAUGAAAAACGGAUUGUAUGUUAUUUGGAGUAAAAGUGAGAUAGACACAUACGGUUAUAUUUACAAAGAUAUUUUUGAUCCUUUACAACCAUUUGGUAAUUCAUUAACUCAACAUAGUGGCAAAUGUAAUCAACAUCAACUGAAAUUUUUUAUUGAUCUUGAAAAAAACACAAAAUACAUUUUAGUUGUCACCACAUACUAUCCGAAUACAACGGGAAACUUUUCCGUCUUUAUAUCUGGUGAAUCCAAUGCUACUAUCAACUAUUUUCAUUCAAAAUAUCGAAGUUGCUCAGUCGGAGACCGUUGUCACUUUUAUUCGACAACAAUUGGUUUGCCACUUGAUGACAUUUUACGUGGAGAAAUCCAACCAAAAAUUGCAUUAGCAAAUCAAUCGCCUUCAAUUCAAAUAAGUUCGGCUUUGACUGUAAUGAUGUUUAUUGGAGGAAUUAUCAAUAGUCUUUUUUCAUAUUUAACAUUUAAAAAUAAAGAUACACAACAAGUUGGAUGUGGGUUGUACCUUUAUGUAUCAUCACUUACCUCUCUGUUGACCAUUUGUAUGUUCUUAAUCAAUUUUUGGUUCGCUGUUUUCAUUCAAAUCAACACAUCGACAAGUUUCGCUAUUCUUCAUGUCGGUUGUAUCAUAAUCGAACCGGUUUUGAAACUUUUACUGUAUUGUGAUAGUUGGUUAAAUGCUUCUGUUGCAAUUGAACGAGCAGUACAAGUUCUCAAAGGCGCUCAGUUUAAUAAAAAUAAGAGCAAACGUUUCGCUCAGCGGAUAAUUUUUAUUUUACCAUUAUGCAUCAUGGCAAGUCUUCUUCACGAACCUUUACAUCGAGAAAUGUCCAAAUAUGAGACUGAAACUGAUCGAGUCUAUUUGAAUAAUACUGAAAGUAUCACAAAAGACGUAUUCAAAUCAGAAAAGAACAAAACGUCCAUCGACACGAUAUACACAAGUGUAACCAAUCGACAUGUUUGGUGUGUUAUUCGAUAUCCUUCAUCUGUGCAAACUUAUAAUAUAAUCGUUUUAUAUUUUCAUCUGCUAAUUCCAUUUGUUGCUAAUCUAUUUUCCGCUUUGUAUAUUAUUAUCGGAUCUGCUCGACAACGAUCAGUAAUACAAACGAAUCAAACUUAUAAAGAACACGUUCGUCGUCAAUUCAGUGAACAUAAACAACUAAUCAUUAGUCCUAUCCUAUUGUUAAUCUUAUCGAUGCCCCGCGUGAUCAUUUCAUCAUUACCUGGAUGUAUCAGAACGUCGACAAAUCUCUGGUUAUAUCUCAUUUCAUAUUUCUUUUCAUUUACGCCAUCCAUACUCAUCUUCGUGAUCUUUGUCAUACCAUCGGAUAUCUAUAUGAAAUCAUUCAAAAACUCUCUCACGGUCAGGCGAGCUCGAAUUUACAAGUAA